GUCGAGCACCAUGUCCAUCCUGAAGAUUCAUGCCCGGGAGAUCUUUGAUUCUCGUGGCAACCCCACUGUGGAGGUGGACCUCUACACUGACAAAGGUAAUUGUUGUUAUUGGCCUAACCCUGCGCGCCUCACAGUUUGGGAACUAUUGCAUAGGUGAUUGUCCAACUUCAUGACAAACACUAUUUUAUCUGUCACUCUUCUCUCCAUCUCCCAGGUCUGUUCAGAGCAGCUGUACCCAGUGGCGCUUCCACUGGUAUCUAUGAAGCCCUGGAGCUCAGGGACAAUGACAAGUCACGCUACCUUGGGAAAGGUGUGUAUCUGGGCUUAAUAUAGUCUAACUGCAUAAUAUGAGUAUAAUGGAAUCUAUUUCAGAGAAGCAUACUGGGUUGUUGAUGUUGCUUGGAUUGUUACUUUCUAAAUCCCCCAUCUGUCUUAAUGCUUCUUACACUUCAGCUCCACUGUCACAUCAAUGUGACGUUCUACCUGCUACAGAGCGCAUUAUUAAUUCAAUUCACAAGAUCGAAUGAAUGUGCGUGUCAGCCAUCGAGAAUUGAAUCUCUGCGAUUCUUGAGCUUGGUUGCUGCCAUUGGACGUGACGCAACGCGAGCGCAACACGUGCAGUAUAGCAGCUUUCAUUGAUUUCACCGGAAGCAUUUCCUCUGGCUGAUGGCAAUGGCGCCCGAUGGAUGCAGUGUAGCAAGGCCCGUUAGUCAGUAAUGUUUCAUUGUCCUUUCAGGUGUCUCACAAGCCGUGGACCACAUUAACUCUACACUUGCACCUGCACUUGUUGGUCAGGUAGGAUUAAAACUUUUUUGAGAAGUACAAUGACAUGGAAUGUUGUCUUUGCUCAUCUUGACGUCUUAUCUUGAUGUUUCCCUACCUGGUAAAGAUAAAUAAGUAUAGUGUCCACUCCACUGCCACUUACUCGUAGUUAAUGCAGCCCUAGUUCCUCAGUUUAAAUGCUAUGUGCUAAACUUGUUCGUUCUUCAUCUCAGGAUGUGUCUGUGGUUGAGCAGGAUAAAAUCGAUCAGAUCAUGCUUGACAUGGAUGGCACAGAGAACAAGUGUAAGUUUUUCAGAUUAAAAUGCAGAGGACAUGUUUCUGUCUAUUUUAUGUUUUACCUAGAUAGUUAAAUGCACUGAUUGUAAGCCACUCUGAAUGAGAGUGCCGUCGGCUAAAUGACUGUAAAUAUUUGCCCCUUAUGAGGUUAUUUUUUAUCAAUUUCACUUGUAUUAAUUUUUAUUUUUGGCACAUAUCAGCCAAGUUUGGUGCCAACGCCAUCCUGGGUGUUUCCCUGGCGGUGUGUAAGGCUGGUGCAGCAGAGAAAGGUGUCCCCCUGUACCGUCACAUCGCUGACCUCGCUGGGAACCCUGAGGUCAUCCUGCCCGUGCCGGUGAGUACAGGGUGUGAUAACGUCAGUCAAAGACAGUAUUUUACUCUUACAGUACUAUCAAAGAACGCUCACACAUGACUUGUCUUACAGCUUGUUGUGUAUUUACCUUUUGAGAGACCUGGAUGGAGGAAAUUAUCUUUAAAUGAAUUUAAUGGAAUCAAAUAAAUAUUUGCUUUCUUAUUUCCCAGGCCUUUAACGUGAUCAAUGGUGGGUCUCACGCGGGCAACAAGCUGGCCAUGCAGGAGUUCAUGAUCCUGCCGGUGGGUGCCAGCACCUUCAAGGAGGCCAUGCGUAUCGGGGCUGAGGUCUACCACAACCUGAAGAACGUCAUCAAGAAGAAGUACGGCCAGGACGCCACCAAUGUGGGAGAUGAGGGCGGCUUUGCUCCCAACAUCCUGGAGAACAAGGAAGGUACGAGAGAGACGUGAUCAUAGGGUUUUUAUUUUCAGCACAUAAGAAAGUAUAUUUAUUUUCAGCACAAAGUAUAUUUUGAUACUUUAUUGGAUUCAGCUCUUUUCCAGACGCUUUACUUUCUAUGGGAAACUCACCUCAUCCGCCACUAACGUGUAGUAACCACAUGAUCACAAGGUGUUGCCAAUGUACACUGCUCAAAAGAAUAAAGGGAACACUUAAACAACACAAUGUAACUCCAAGUCAAUCACACUUCUGUGAAAUCAAACUGUCCACUUAGGAAGCAACACUGAUUGACAAUACAUUUCACAUGCUGUUGUGCAAAUGGAAUAGACAACAGGUGGAAAUUAUAGGCAAUUAGCAAGACACCCCCAAUAAAGGACUGGUUUUGCAGGUGGUGACCACAGACCACUUCUCAGUUCCUAUGCUUCCUGGCUGAUGUUUUGGUCACUUUUGAAUGCUGGCGGUGCUUUCACUCUAGUGGUAGCAUUGGCGAAUUGGCAAAUUCGCCACUGGCGCCCUGUGCUCUUCACAGAUGAAAGCAGGUUCACACUGAGCACAUGUGACAGACGUGACAGAGUCUGGAGACGCCGUGGAGAACGUUCUGCUGCCUGCAACAUCCUCCAGCAUGACCGGUUUGGCGGUGGGUCAGUCAUGGUGUGGAGUGGCAUUUCUUUGGGGGGCCGCACAGCCCUCCAUGUGCUCGCCAGAGGUAGCCUGACUGCCAUUAGGUACCGAGAUGAGAUCCUCAGACACCUUGUGAGACCAUAUGCUGGUGCGGUUGGCCCUGGGUUCCUCCUAAUGCAAGACAAUGCUAGACCUAAUGUGGCUGGAGUGUGUCAGCAGAUCCUGCAAGAGGAAGGCAUUGAUGCUAUGGACUGGCCCGCCCGUUCCCCAGACCUGACUCCAAUUGAGCACAUCUGGGACAUCAUGUUUCGCUCCAUCCACCAACGCCACGUUGCACCACAGACUGUCCAGGAGUUGGCGGAUGCUUUAGUCCAGGUCUGGGAGGAGAUCCCUCAGGAGACCAUCCGCCACCUCAUCAGGAGCAUGCCCAGGAGUUGUAGGGAGGUCAUACAGGCACGUGGAGGCCACACACACUAUUGAGGCUCAUUUUGACUUGUUUUAAGGACAUUCGAUCAAAGUUGGAUCAGCCUGUAGUGUGGUUUUCCACUUUAAUUUUGAGGGUGACUCCAAAUCCAGACCUCCAUGGGUUGAUAAAUUUGAUUUUCCAUUGAUAAUUUUUGUGUGAUUUUGUUGUCAGCACAUUCAACUAUGUAAAGAAAAAAGUAUUUAAUAUUAUUUCAUUCAUUCAGAUCUAGGAUGUGUUAUUUUAGUGUUCCCUUUUAAUUUUUUUGAGCAGUGUAUAACAAACCAUAUUCUAACAAAUUAACACCUCUGCUUCAUUUUCCACAGCUCUAGAGCUGAUCAAAGAGGCCAUCAGCAAAGCAGGAUACACAGAAGAGGUGGUGAUCGGCAUGGAUGUGGCAGCCUCUGAGUUCUAUAGGGAUGGUAAAUAUGACUUGGACUUCAAGUCUCCUGAUGACCCAGAGCGUUACAUCACUCCUGAUGAGCUGGCUGACCUCUACAAGAGCUUCUGCAAGGAUUACCCAGGUGUGUGUCCUGUCCUCUCUUGUUUACCUUUGUAGUAUUUCAAAAGUAUGUAAUGUUGUCUCUUGCUGGAGCAGCUUUGUAUUUUAAUUAUUACAAAUUCAAUGAAUCAUUUUACACUACAAUGGAGAUGGGCACUGUGUUGAAUAUUAUGGUUGGCAAUUGAAAUGAAACUAAGUUACACACAUUAUGUCCUAUUCAAUGGUUUAGUCUACUCUAAGGUACAGGACCAUGACUUUCCUCUCUGUGAUCACUGAUCUAUGUCCCCUCUGUGACAGUGGUAUCCAUUGAGGACCCCUUUGACCAGGAUGACUGGGAGGCGUGGUCCAACUUCACUGGCAGCACGGAGAUCCAAGUGGUGGGUGAUGACCUCACAGUGACCAACCCCAAACGCAUCACCAAGGCCGUGGAGGACAAGGCCUGCAACUGCCUGCUGCUAAAGGUCAACCAGAUUGGCUCUGUGACUGAGUCUCUGGCCGCGUAAGUUUCACCCACUAUCUUUACUCCAUGGUGACUUCUUCAAGAGGAACUCUGGCCUCAGUUUUUUCUUGCCUUUUUUCGGGGGGGACCCAGACCUGAAAGAAUACCUGAGAUUUAGGAGUUUAUGUAAUUAUACUAUAUAUUGAUGAGCAUUAAAUUGAUAUUUUAAUGACUGUCAACAAACCGUUAUGUCUCAUGUGAGUCAAGGCAAGUCAAACAACCUGACAGUUGUAAGUCUAACGUGAGCCUCGCAUGAUGCAAUUUUCCAGCUGUGUGAACUUCUAACCAUGUCAAGAGUCUUCUCUCUUCCCGCUGUCCAGGUGCAAGAUGGCCCAGUCCAGUGGCUGGGGAGUGAUGGUUAGCCAUCGCUCUGGGGAGACUGAGGACACCUUCAUCGCUGAUCUGGUGGUGGGGCUGUGCACUGGACAAGUAAGGAAAUACUGUUGGUAUACUACUGUAUCUGACACUUGUGAAUUUAGAUGUAUUGUUUUGGUACCGGAAAUGCAAUUUUCAUUGUUAUGAUUCAUUUUAAAUUAUAUUUGUUACUGUAUUUUAGUUACUGUCUACAUUAUUGCUGUGUAAUUCAUGCUGCCCCUGUCUAUGUCCAGAUUAAGACUGGGGCUCCUUGCCGCUCUGAGCGUCUGGCCAAGUACAACCAGAUUCUCAGGUGAGGGUUCAUGUCCUUUAUAGCCUAAUUAAUCAAUGUUGUGAUGCUUGUCAUAUUUAUUCUGCUACAUUUCUUUCUUGUUGAUCAUGGUUUUUACCCAUGUAAUCCUGCAUGGCAUCAUAACCAUUGGGGAAAUGUAUAAUUUUAGUUGACCAUUGUACAGAAUCACCUUUAUUUGCUAAAUACAUUUACUUUCGAUUAAGUGAAAUGGUGCUGCUACAAUAAGAAUGUACAGGCCGACAAACCAUCACAAUACAGUCUGGACACUGAAGUGUAAAAACUACAGACUAAGCUAUAAGCUUCAUUAUAACUAAGUAUGUUUUGAAUAUUGCUUUGUAGUGCUAAAACUGUCUUUUCUCUUGACUCACAGAAUUGAAGAGGAAUUGGGAGAGAAGGCUGUCUUUGCUGGGAAGAACUUCAGGAACCCGCUGGCUUAACUGUGUGCAAUGGGCACAUACUCAUGGGCAUAUAGGCACAUAACGGUUUAGCAAGCAUUCCAAUGAUUACUUGAAAAUGCUGAAGAAGCUUACGGCACAAACUGAAAGUGUUACACACAUGUCAAGGCAGCUAGAAAGGAACAUCAUGUAAAGUUACGCUCCAAAACCAUAGGUUUUGGUUACAUACAUUCCCUACCCUAGUCUACAUACAUUCCCUACCCUAGUCUACAUACGUUCUGCUGCCCUAGAUUCACAAGGUGUCUGUGGCGACUAUAGUAACUUACAAUUCUGGCAUUUUUUGUUGGGGGGGGGUGGCACAUUUUGGUUAGGGUGUUGUGAGUUGCAAUUCUUACUAUUUAAAUAUAGAGCAAAAUAACUGCAAUGGUUUAGGAAAGUGCUAUGGCUAUAGAUGCAGUUGAAUAAACUAAUUUGCUUGUAACUGAACCAUUUCCCUGUGGUCAUUCUUUUUCUGCAAGAUGUGUAAAUGUUUGAUUGUCAAGUGUAUAUAUGUAUUAUAAGAGUGAUAGGUGUCACUAUAGUCUAGCAUUAGUUAUAUAAUUGAUUCUUAAAAUAUGUAUUCCUGGAAUAUCAGUCUGUGCUGGAUAAUGUAUCCAGGUGUGAACCUGUUCAGUACUCUGGCGCUCUACAGUUUUCCUGGAAUUCUGAAUAAUAUCUGAUGCGUUCGAGGCUGUUAAAUAUUUUUGUAUCGAUGCACUCUGGGGCAUGGCUCUGUGGACACUACAGUAGAUUAUCCUAUUAGCGACGGCGGCACAUGCUCCGUUAUGUCUACGGAGAAGGGAAUUUUGAAGGCUGAACGUUGGGGCUGAGGUCAUUGCACAGUUUAGUGCUAUGAAAAAAAUCGUCUCCUCUUAGCCUCCAUUUUGAGUAGUAUGGAAUAGCAUAGUUUGUAUCGACCACUACGCUGACAGUGUCAACCUAACAACGACACCAAAAGAGCCUCCGACAUGGACGACCUGUUCAGUCCGAGAAGG